UGAAGCCACAUGAGACAGACCGCAUGAUGAAAAACUGAAGUUGACCUCGCUCUUCCUCGCCAGUCGCUCCUUUUGUCGUUUUCUAGAAGCGCUCAGUUAACAAUUUGCCAUCAAACACUCAACUGCUCCUACUUGGUACAAGCUUCACUGCUUACAAAUACGCUUGAUGUACAAUGGUUGACAGCACGGUUCUCCUCGUCGUCCGCAUCUUCGCCGCCUUCGGUGCGUUGGCGUUAAUCUGCAGUCCGUCCAUCCUGAUGCGUCAAAUUCACAAGCAGAAGCACGUCGGCGUCGCCUCCGUUAUCCCUCUCGUCAUGCUCGCUAUCAACUCCCACGUCUGGAUGAUGUACGGCUAUCUGGGCGAAAACUACUUCCCCAUCUUCAGUUGUUACACGUUCGGCGACCUCGCAGCAUUAACCUACGUCGCAAUCUACUGGCGAUACACAACCGAGCACAGAUACGUCGCUAGAGUCAUUGCCGUAGCGUUGAUAGUGAUCAUUAUCCUGUCGAUCUAUGCUAUCCUCGGCGGUUUUGGCUACACUGGUCAAAUACGAGCACAAGUGGCCAAGACUAUGGGAUACAUCGGCGACGCGACGGCCGUGUGUCUGUACGCAGCGCCGAUGGAGAAGCUGUUCCAAGUGCUUAAACAUAAGUCUGCUGCCUUCAUUAAUGCGCACAUGGUGAUGGCCAGUCUGGCCAACAACAUCAUGUGGUUCACGUACGGCACGCUGACAGCCAACUGGAUCAUUAUCGCGCCCAACAUCCUCUUUAUCGCACUCAACUCGUCCACGCUGGUACUGUGCAUUGUGUUCAACCCCAAGACACACCCGCUGCACGAAAGCUUCUUCGCUCACGACGAUACUCCGAUCGAAGUAUCCGUCGAACUGUCACCGAAAAAUGGUAGUAAAGUACCCAACAUCCCGAGUCCAGAAUACAAGGCAAUGCAAUCACCUUUAGAACCACUGCGUAUCCACCUAGAUAUUAAUACAAGCUAAGUUAUGCUUUAGGGAUUAAAUCAAUGUUUAAUUUACCGUUUUCAUCUCCCA